ACCAUCACUAGCAGCGGGCUGUUACUGGUAAACAUGGCCGACCAAAACAAGACAGACACUGACUUAAAGUUUUACAAUGAAGUACUAAGUCCAUCUCAACUGUUUGCAGCCCGGUCCAGGAGCCACAAGAUCCCGGUGAGAGGACAGAAAGACUUCUUCCCUGAUGACUCAGACGAGCAAAGACAGCGGCUUGAGCAGAGUCUCAAUGAGCACUGGAGCCUCAUAUCCGAGGAGCGAGUGGAGAAACUGGGAAACCUAGUGAAGGCCACAUGGAUUCCAAGUGAGAAGAUCGUGGAGCUUCAGUCUCCAGCUGGGAAGUUUUGGCAGACGAUGGGAUUUUCUGCUGGCGGCAAGCAGUUUCUCUUCCCUGAAGAGGCUCUCUACCUGAUGGAGUGUGGGAAUGUGCAGGUGUUCUACCAGGAGCUGCCACUGUCCAUUCAGGACGGGUAUGAGAAGUUUCUGUCCUCAAGCACAGUGAGGCUCCAGGAAUAUCAGGUGUUUGGGCAUUUGAAGAGGCUUGGCUAUUUGGUGCACAGGUUCCAUCCCAGUUCUGAGACAUCGUCCUAUGCGAAGCAGCUGAACCUUCCUCAGUCACGUGACAGAGCAGGGAAACAGCUGAAGAGAAAGCGCAGCGCCAGCCCCACCGCAACAUCCAGUCACACUGAAGCACAAGAAGAAUCCACAGCUGACAGAAUGGAGGAGGAUACAUGCGGCCAAGAAGGUCAGGAGGAUAAAAAACGUCCAGAGUCCCACCUGACUAUUUCUCCAGAGACUUCAAGCACCCAGACCGCCACUGCAAGUCCAGGAAACGAGGGCGGGGUCAGGACCUGGUGGAUGGAGGAUGAUGUCGGGGAGCGAUCUGAUCACCAGCCCGCCUCUGCUGCCUCACGCUGGGACUUCAGCUCCAUCUCCUUCCCUGACCUGGGCUCCAGCAGGGAGCGCCUCUCCAGCUGCCUGGUAUCACCUGACCCCUCUCUGCUCCCUGGGGCUCUGGCAGUGGGGGUCUGUGACGUCGACCCCUGGAGGACCAGGAUCAACCUGCGGGAUGUCAAGAUGUCCUCGAAGGAGCAGAUGAGAGAAGAGGAGAAGCGAAGGCAUCGCUCGGACAAGGACAGAGAGGUCAGGCGCUGCAGUAACUGGGCGGAGUAUCGGCAGCUGAUGGAGAGGCGGCAGGGGAGGAGGAGUAAAGGCCGAGCGACACACCUGUGGGACGGGGAGGUCACUCCUUUACAUGACCCGAGACAACCAAUCCCCACUGGGGAGCUGCUAGAUAAAAUCAGUGUGAUUAAAUCUACACAUUUGCUUGAGGGAGCGUCCAGGUUACAAGCAUCAGACGAGUGGAGGAUUAGUUUCAAUGUUUAUCAGCCUGACACGGUGGCUGACUUCAAGAAGAGCAACCCGGGGAAACCUUACACACGGAUGUGUGUGUGCAGCUUCGACGGCCCUGUGCCCGACCUGCGAGCCAUCAAGCAGCUGGCCUUCCAGAGUGGAGACGUCCUGGUGGUGUUUGCUGUGGUGGACUGCGGAGACAUCUCCUUCUACACCUUCAAAGACUUCGAGCUGCCCACUGACGUGUUCCCCUGAGAUAUCACUGCUCUUUAACAUCACUGUAAAAUAGAGCAACACACACAAAUUCAUCUGCAUUAGCUGGACAUGCAAGGAAAAUGAAUUCAAUGGUUGAUUUUUACUGACGAAAAUAUAAAGCUUGAAAGUGUUA